UUGAAAAGUUUUGUUUAACUUAACCUGAGAUGAAUAUUUUGUUUGAAAUGAAGAUAAAUAUAAAAUGAAAAUGCAAGAAUACAGUAUACCGAAUAAUAUAUUAUUAUAAUAUAUUAUAUGGAGCAUAAAUUAUCCUAUUAUUCAAAUGUCUGGAUUUGAAUAUAUACAUGAUGGAUAUUAAUGCUUAUAAUUUGGAGCAAGCUGUCAGCCUUUUCUAUAGGUCUGAAGCAGCACAGCAAGCAAAUGCUCACCAAUGGCUAACACAGGCUCAAAGGAGCCCAGAGGCAUGGGCUUUUGUUUGGGAUUUAUUGCAACCAUCAAAGAGCACAGAAGUACAAUUCUUUGCUGCAACAACUUUACAUAUGAAAUUACUUAAAUUCUGGAAAGAAGUGCCAAAAGAAAAGUAUAUGGAAUUAAAAGAAAAAAUAUUUGAAGUUAUUUACAAGUUUUCUAAUGGUCCACCUUUGGUGUUAAAUCGAUUAUGUAUUGCAUUAUCUGCUUUUAUUCUUCACAUGAUGCCAACAAAUUGGCCAAAUGCGUUAAGUGAUCUCAUUAAUAUCCUCCAAUCGCCACCAUUUUUAAAUAUGCCACAAGACAAGAUUAUCUGGAUUCAAUUUGAAGUUCUCAUGAGCAUUGCAGAAGAGUUUCCCAGUGUUGUAAAUGGAUGCCCCGAUCCACAUAAGCUUAAAGCAGAACUGAAUCACAGCCACUGUAUAGUAUUGAAUAUAGUUGAGCAAUAUUUAACUGCAGGAACAGAGAGAUUCUGUGAAUUUGAUCUUACUACAUUACAAAAUGCAGCUCGUUGUACUGAAUCAUGGUUUAAAAUAGUUAGUGUUCCUUUAGAUAAAUGCCAGACUAUAAUUUCUUCGCUAUUGCAAAUUGUACAUUUUUGUUAUUGGAACAGACAUGAAAGCGAUGGUUGCCUUUCUGCAGAAGAGCAUGAACUUGCUGAAAGCUGUCUUGAUGCCAUUCAAGCGCUUCUUACAAAGCCGGAAGUUGAGCUACAACCACAACUUGUAUUGCAUUAUUUGUCCCUAUGUUUGCAAGUGCUGCAAAAAAUCACGGCUGCAGAAUUUAAAGUGGAUAAUUUGAAUGAGGAUAUAUUAGUAAAUAUAUAUAGUCUUCUUAUAAGUGUUGCUGAAAUCAAUAUAGGGGCAAUAAUAAAAGCAUUUUGUGAGGAACGCAGUGAAAAACAAAAUGUUUGUUUAACUCUGCUGUCAGAAAUUAUGAAUUGCUCAAAUAGACCAGGAAUCUAUCCAACACAAGAAUCAUGCAGCAAUCUAGCUUUUAGCUUUUGGUAUAUGAUACAGGAUGAAGUAAUGUACUUAGAACCUGAGCCUAGAAAUAAAUGUAUGACUUUAAUUAGGCCGAUAUAUUGUUCAUUAGUGAAAGUUUUAGUUAAAAAAGGUACUUAUCCUAUUGAAGAUAUAUUUAAUAGUUGGGCAGCAGAGGAUAAAGAAAUGUUUAGGUGUUAUCGUCAAGAUAUAUCAGAUACUUUGGUAUAUUGUUACAGUUUGUUAACUGAGGAAUUACUAUAUAUUUUGAUGACUCAAUUAAGAGAACUUGUUUAUAAUAUUAGACCUGAGAAUUGGAGAGAAAUUGAGGGUUUUAUAUAUGGCUUUGGUGCAGUGGCUGGUCAUGUUCACAACUCAGAAAAUCUUUAUAUCCCAGAACUACUCCAAAUUUUGUGUCAAAUUCCUUAUGAGAAAUUGAAUGAUAAAGUUAUGCUUACUGCACUCAAUACAAUAGGAUCAUUCUCAGAGUGGAUGAAUUAUCACCCUGAAACCUUAUCAUUAAUUAUACCAGCGGCUUGCAAUUCACUUAAUAAAAGUUCAGCAAUAAUUUCGCAAGCAACAUUGUUACUUAAAGAAGUUACGAGGGAAUGCCAAAGACAUCUUUGUCCAUUUAUUGAGCCUUUGUUGCAUGCUUUUCAGCAAUCAUUGCAUAGUGGUGGACUUAAAGAAUUAGAAUGCACAAGAAUAAUGUUUUGUGUUGGUAAAGUUUUAGUUAUGCUCUCAUUGGAGGAUAUUGUUGAUUAUUUAAAACUUAUAUUAACACCUAUCAUGCAAGUUACAGCAGAGAUAUCUAAACAUAGUGAAUUAACGAAUCAAGAUCGGGCAAACUUAAUUAGGAAUUUCCAAAUGAUUGCUGUUUUAUUCUCAUCAUUUAAAUACUGUGAAGUUGAAUAUGAAACCGAUAAUCAUCAAAACCAUGCUGUUUUUUUGAUUUUGCAGACCUUGAUUCCAAUUAUGCAUGAUAUUACAAAAAUGAAAGGAUGCAAUUUUGAAGUUUUGCAACAAAUAUAUCAUGUAUUACAAAAUGCAGUACUCUCUUUGAUGGAAAGAAUUAUACCAUUAUUGAAAGAUAUUUGCCUGAUGAUACUACAGACUUUUCAAGUAGAACCCAUAGGUGAAGCUUUAGAUGUAUCUAAACAGAUAAUAUUAGCAUUUCAUAAAGAUGCUCAUCUGAAAACACUAAUAGAUGAAUUAUUUACACAAUUAGUUUUUGUGUCAUUAUCAACAUGCAAUGCAGCUUCAGAAAUAGGUUUGUCUUACAGAUCUGAUCUAAUGGAAUCUUUUUUCUUAUUUCUGUCACAAGUGUGUAGAAAAUGUACAUCAGUUUUGAUAAAUUCUACAUUGAAUCUGACAAAUAUUGUUAAUUUAGCAAUACUUGGAAUUGGUUUGCCAGAACAUGGUGCAAUGAAAUCUUGCCUUUCAUUUCUGGUUCAGUUUAUUAGCAAAGGACCAGAAUAUCCUGAUUUUAAUAUUAUUAUUCUCACAAAUGGACAGUUUUUAAUUACAAAACUUUUGUUGUGCCUAGGUGGUGCAAUACCCCGAACAAAUGUAGAUGCUCUUGGUGAUAUCUUUUUAGCAUUGAAUAAAAAAUAUCCUGAUGAAGUUGCAAAAUGGUUGCAACAAAAUUUGAGUUUACCAGAUUUUCCAACAAAUUGUGUGACACAGGAGCAGAAGUUAACCUUUUGUAAAGAUUUGUUGAGGGAAAAGGCUAAUAGACGGAAGUUGAUUGAAAUAUUAAAAGGAUUCACAUUUGUAUGUCGCGGAUUAGUCUACACAGAAUAUGCUAAUCAAUUGACUCCGGUAUUAUAUUAAUAUUUGGGAUAAUCAGUUAUUUGCAUACACAAUGUAUAUAAUUUGUAUAUUAUUUUAAUUAUGUGUUGAAUGAAAUUUUAUGAUGAAUUGUGAUUGACAUAAUUUUAGUAAGAA